GUCUCGUCGAUGACGUCACCCGCUCUCCCGGAAGUCCCUUGAACGACGCCGGGGGCGUGUUUUCAGGUCCCUCCGCGUGCGGUUACCUGAGAGACGCGCGAGUUUUCGUGCGGCCGGGGAGGCGAGCGCGUCUUCCGAGAAGAAGCCGGAGCAAGUCUGCGGCCCGUGCGGCGUCAUGGAGGUGGUGGAGGCCGCUGCGCAGCUGCAGACGCUCAAGUUCGGCGGCCUGGAGUCGGCAGCAUCGCCGCCACCUGAGGAGCGCCGGGACGCUGAGCCGGAGGAGCGGGCCGGGCCGGCCGGGGUGCAGCCGCCGCCGGCUCCGAGCUCGGAUGCGGGCGGAAACCCACCGCCGCCGAGCGAGACCUGCGUCACCGGGCCGGACGCUGCCGCGGAGCCGCCAACCUUGCUGCAGGAUUCGGACUCAUCGGACUCGGAUUCGGACAGUGAAACGGAUUCAGAUAGCUCAAGCUCCUCCUCUUCAUCGUCGUCUUCGUCUUCCUCCUGCGUAUCACUUCCUCCUGUGUUGUCAGAUGGAGAGGAGGAUGUCCAAGUUGAGAAAGAAAGUAAGAAUUUUCCUCUUAAAACAAAAGAUGAAUUGCUUCUUAAUGAACUACCUUCUGUUGAAGAACUCACUGUAAUUCUGCCUGAAGACAUUGCAAUAAAGCCUCUUGGGAAGGUUUCGAGCAUUAUUGAACAAUUAGUAAUAAUUGAGUCUGUGACUAACAUACCUCCAGUUAAUGAAGAUACUGUCAUUUUCAAAAGUGAUCGACAAGCAGCAGGAAAGAUAUUUGAGAUAUUUGGACCUGUUGCCCAUCCAUUUUAUGUGUUACGGUUUAAUUCUUCAGAUCACAUUGAGAGUAAAGGCAUCAAAAUAAAGGACACUAUGUAUUUUGCUCCAUCAAUGAAAGACUUCACUCAAUAUAUAUUCACAGAAAAACUCAAACAGGACAGAGGAUCGGAUGCUUCUUGGAAGAAUGAUCAGGAACCACCUCCAGAAGCCUUGGAUUUCAGUGAUGAUGAGAAAGAAAAAGAAGCCAAACAGAGGAAAAAAUCUCAGAUUCAAGGCCGCAAAAAACUCAAAUCUGAAUUGAAUGAGUCAGGUGAAGAUUUUGGUGAAGUGCAUCAGAAUUGGAAUGCUUGUAGCUCUUCAGAACAUUCAAAAGGAUAUCACAACAGGGAAGUCACAAGAGGCUUUCCAAGGGGUAGAUAUUCUCGAGGAAGCCAUGCCAGGCCUCCACCUCAACAGUACUAUAACUCAGAUCAUAUGGCAUCUCAAGAGAGUUUGGGAUUUCCACCUCAGAGACAAGAUAAUCCUGUCAUGCCCCACUAUCCUUUUCCCCCGCCCAUGUUUGAUAUGCAUAACUUUCCACUCCUGCCUCCACCCCCACCCCCGCCCCCACCAACUGUAAGCAUGGGGUGGGCUGCACCUAGCAUGGCCUCUCAUCCUGUGUUUAACUUACCAUACUCCAUGCCCCCACCACCCCUUCCUCCACCUCCCCCCCCUCCCUCUCCUGGGGAAAGUAAUUCUUCUCAUUUUGGACCUCACUAUUAGUUAUAUGCCUGUAUUUCAGAGAAAUAUGGUAAAUUUUUUAACAUAUAUUAUGGAGUUAGAUUUUUUUAAAAAAUUGUAAAAUACUAAAUCAAAUGACUCAAUUAUAUGUUCAUAUAUAUUUUAAAUAUCUCAGUUUUGAGUUCAUAUGUAUUUGUGUUAACCUUUAUGAAAUGUUAUUCAUAGGAACAGUUCAUCUCAUUCUUAAUAAACUCCAGUUCAUGUAAUAUUUAAGUAAAAUGUUGAAUCAUGGCCUCUACUACCCACAGCUGGUAGGUAACGUGCAUAGUGGUGCUUAUGAAGUAGGUUUCCUUACAGUCUCUAAUGUACUGAACACUGAGUGUCUUUUUAUGUUGAAGUCCUACUAAGAGUCUUUAAAAUAAAGUAUUUUUCUAAAUUUGACACUUUUGGAAUUGAUUAUAAGUGCAAGAAUUCUUUAAACUUGAUUUUCCUAAGCAAGUUAGGGGUGUGAAGGAGGAAGAAGACACUACUGGCCAAAGCUCUCGCUAGCUGGUUAGUAUUAACUAUGCUGACAGACUUCAGUGUCUAUGUAGCUGUCCAUUAUUUAGACUCCCACCUGAAAGUUGGUAAAUGGAUUUACUGAAGGACAUGGCUUAUUAGGCAGUGCAGUUCUAUAGCAGUGCACCACAGACUGAGUAAUUCAUAUUAAAAAAAAAAAUGACCACCCCUGUUUUGGAGUCCUGGAAGCCCAGUGUAAAAGUGCCAAUGUCUGCUAAGGGCCUACUUGCUGCUUUAUCACAUGGUAAAAUCGGUUGGGGAAAAUGGGGUAUUUUGAUUGUCCUAGCCACUUUAUGAAGUGACACCCCAUUGUCGAAGCCCGUUUUUAAAGAUCCCACAUUCAGUUCUCUUCCAAUAACAAACAUGAGUUUGGGAGGGGACAGUCAGACCAUAGGAGAACAUUUUGGAAAAGUGAAUUAAGUAUGCCAUGCCACUGUAAUGAGAUGGUUACUAAAAGUCCUUAGUCAUCGAUGCUAAGUCGAGAAGGGACAGAGUCAGGUAGAGGCAGCACCUCCUCUUUUGUCCACUUUGCACUGCUCCACUCCUUCUAUACUUUCUGUUACCUUUAUGUGUUAACUGUUUUUGCUAAUAAAACAUCAUUUGAUGAGAAUCUGAGUGUUAUCGUUUCAACUGCUAAUGUGAAGGAGGGGUUUAAGGUCCCAAUAUUUAAAAGACGGCUUCAUGUUCUCUCUACGGUGAUACUCUCAAGCACUGCUGCUUUGAGAAGACACAGCUCAAACGUAGUGUAUCACUGAUGCUUCAACAGUAAUGGCUGGUUUUUAAAUUCGAUUAUAUGCAUUUAUAUAUUUUGAUAUUGUAAGUAACUUUGAUAUUUCUGUUAGGUCUUUCACAAAAUUCCAAUUGUUGAGUCUCUACUACUAAACACCUUUAGUCUGCCUUACCUCCAAAUGACUUAAGACAGGAAGUACAAACUCAGUGAUGAAAUAUCCUAAGAUUUAAACAAAUUCUUUACAUGGAGUGCUAUCAUCUCAUUCUCAAGGUACUUAGAACUUGGUUAAAACAGUCAUGCCAUGUACUGCUAUGAUUAUGUGCUGGGGACACUAGCUCAGUGGCUUAUUAAAUAUGAGCCCUUAAAAUUAGAAACUUGACAUUUGCAGAAUGGAUUAAUCUUCAUGUUGACACACAGUGAGCCUCCCUAAAACACAUGUUCAGACUCUGCUUGUUUGGCAUCAGAACCUAUGAGGUGUGCAUGCACGCAUACAUACAUGCACAGAACUUUCAGUCUGGUUUGGGCUGAAAAUUUAAAAUAUCAAAAGACUCAUUUCCAAAAACCCAUCAGGUAUUGUUAAAGCUGAUCUAUUUAUGACUUAAUCCAGUUAAGAUUCUUAAGAAAUACAUCAGUAUCUUUUGCAGACCUUGUAAUGCCGAAUACUCAGCUUCUCGUUUUUAUGACUUUGCUCAUCCUUAUGUAUGUGAAUAUAAAUUAAUAUGGUAACAAACAAGAUUCUUCACUGUUGUGUUCUGAGAUAUUAAGGACACACUAUACUAUAGUUGAAGCCAAGGUUGGACGAUAUUUUUUUUUUUAUCUCUUCAAUAUUUCCUAGCAGAUACUGUUUAAGCUUCUAGCAGCAAUAAUCUCACAUCAUAUUUAUACUGUGUGUCUAAAUUCUUGUAGUGAAUUAGAUGUGUACGACUACUUAGUGUACUGGGAAAAAGAAACAAAUGUAUGCAUUGGUAAACGAAUAAUGAAAUCACAAAAUGAAAAAUAACAUUCCUUAGUGCAAAUAAAGUUUCAUUGUGUGCUCUA